AAUCCAGCAUGGCUCCAAAGAAAGUGCAGAGCAAUAGUGAAGAUAGCAAGAAAGUGCGGAGCAAGGACAGUAAGAAGAAAGUUUUGAAGAAAAUAACCAUUGCAUUGAAGAAGGAAAUUGUAGAAAAGUAUGAGCAUGGUAUUCGUGUGACUGAUUUGGCCUUGGAGUACAAGAUGGCCAAGUCGACAAUCUCGACUAUUUUGAAGAAUAAAGAUGCCAUCAAAGGAGCUGAUGUGGCAAAAGGAGUCACGACGUUAACCAAGCAGAGGACACAAGUGCUGGAAGAGGUGGAAAAACUUUUGUUAGUGUGGUUGAAUGAGAAACAGCUGGCAGGUGAUAGUGUUAGUGAAGCUAUGAUCUGUGAAAAAGCCAGGAAAUUGCACGGUGAUUUACUGCAGGCAAAUCCCUCUACAAGUGGAACAAGUAAUAAAUUUAAAGCCAGUAGAGGGUGGUUUGAUAAAUUCCGCAAGAGAAGUGGCAUCCUCCGUGUGAUAAGACAUGGUGAGGCUUCCAGUUCUGACAAGGCUGUUGCAGAAGCCUACAAGAAAGAAUUCUCACAAUUCAUGAAGGCAGAAGGAUAUGUCGCUCAACAAGUGUUCAAUUGCAGUGAAACAGGGCUUUUCAGGAAGAAGAUGCCUACCAGAACCUACAUCACGCAGGAGGAAAAGGCACUACCAGGGCGAAGUGAGCAGCAGAGGGCGCUUGUUGAGAAAUUUUUCACUGAGAAAGAGGAAGACAGGGAUGAGGUUAGCAGUGAUAUGAUAAAAUCCAUUAUGGUAAAAUGGAAUGAGUGCCAGAAUUUCUUUGAGAAGCACCACCCCAACAUAACUAUAACGAACAGAGUGUUGAAGCUGAUGAACGAUAACGUGGUCUCUCAUUUCCGGAGGGUUAUGCAGCGCAGGAAAAAACAAGUGACAUUAGGCAGAUUUUUUGUCAAAAUUGACCCUGCAGCUAAGAAACAAAGAAGAGAGGAAACCCCUGAAGGAGAUCUCCCUGAUGUCCUUAUGGUAGGGGACUCCCCAAACAAUAACCUCCUUCCUACCUACCUUCCUGCCCUCCGCGCCAAAAGUCUCAUCAAACAAGAUCAGCUGGAUGCGCGCUAGGUUGAGGAAUUCACCCGCGACGCGAGCUGAGUAGACCGUCCAUCUGUCACUCGGGACGCUGAAGGAGCCCAGUGGAGGCACCGACCUAGGACCAGAAGAGGUCGCCGUUUGGCUGCCAUUGGCUGAUCAAUCAGUCUGUGCUCUUUGUUUGUUUAGCAAGCUCAGGAUGAUUUGGAUUGUUCCAGUGUUCAACCUGUAUAGCUUCAUAUCCUCCACUGGCAUGCGGUAAAGCCUUUUCUGAGUGCUUUGUUGAAACUCAUAGUUUAUAUCUGAUCUACAUUAUUAUAAGAAUAAAUAAAUGAAAGUCAUUUCUGUGUCUCUUAGUUGGGCAGAAGUCCAAAAGGCAGACACUUUCAUUACUUGUGAAUGAUACUAUUGCUGAUAGUAUUAACUUGUUAUACACAUGGUUACAAUUGCUGACUAAUAAAAGCUCUUCACUAUAGGAAGCCCCAACUUCUGAACAAGUUCUGUUCUGGAAGAAUGUUCAUAAACUGGAUUCAUUCACAAUCUGACAAAUACCAGUGUCUUUGUUACUGAGAACAGCGCUGUAGCCACCGUGACAGUACCGCGUGCGCCGCUGCUCUGACUCCGGGGCGCUGAUCGGGGAAUGGAGCAGGAGGACUGACUGACUGCUUCUCUCCAGAAUUCCAGACACCAGCUGCCUCUAACUCCCAGGGACGCCUGUGGUAGCUCAGGCUCAGCCUGGCCAUGGCCACGUGGCUGCUCAGUUGCAUGGCCCCGCCGAGAGGAGGUGGAUCCAGCCCCAGACCGCUCACCUUCCCACUGGCUGCUCGUCCUGCCUCACAUGCGUGAGUAGCUUGAAUGCCACCUUCUGGUGAGUCCGCCGUAACCAGCCUAUGUAAGACUGCAGCCCUUCGCAUUCUGCAUCCCUUUCCUUGCCUUGACUUCCUUUUUGUAGCACUCCGUGUACUCCGAUUCGCUCCCUAGCUCACUAGCUUAUUUAUUCAUAUAUUGUGUUUCUCUCCUCUCUCUUUCCAGCUGCAGGGAAGCUCUCCACAGGCAGGGAGUUUUCUGUGUUCAGUCACGGCUGGAUCCCAGGACCUGGAACGAUGGCCAGCACAUGGGAGAACCUCAACAAUGUGUGCUAAACGAGUGACAAUGACAUGCCGCAUUUUACAAACUGCUUCCACGUCCAGAUCGACGGCUGCUGGUGGAGACCAUCAGUAGAAGCAUGCAAAUCAUUUCAAAAGCGUCUUCCUGGUGAGAAGAAACAGGACUGGUGUUCGCUAUAGGACUCAUCAUGGAACGCUGGGAAUGGAGUCACACACAGCCCACCUGGGCAGGUACCUGGGUGACCAGGGCUACUCACUGCCCGCAGAGGCUGAGGGACCAUGGAGGACCAGUGGAUCCGCAUCGUGGACCUCUUAAUUUGUUCAAUUAUCGGUCAGUUCAUAAGUGCAAAUGGAAAAGAUGGGUAUGCUUUAAAGAGCGAGGAAAAGAACAAGAAAAUACGUCCACUCUUACAGUUUUGAAGAAUGGAAUUAAUUAUGAA